AUGUCGGACGACGAAUUCAUGAUGGACGACAUCGCGGACGACGAGGAAUAUGACUUUGACUACGACGAUGAUGAUGACGAUGCCGACGACGGCGACGCCGGCGGUGAUGUUGAGAACCAGUACUACAAAGCCAAAGCUCUGAAGGAUGAUGACUCGGCUGGGGCUUUGAAAGCCUUUAGGACUAUUGCGGAGGACCAGCCGGAGAAGGGUGAAUGGGGUUUCAAAGCACUCAAGCAAAUGACCAAGCUCAACUAUCUCCAAUUGCAUCAACCCGACCCCGCCCUGGAGACAUACAAAGAGCUCUUGGGCUACACCAAGAACAAUGUGACGAGAAACUAUGCCGACAAGUCGAUCAACAACAUCUUGGACUAUGUUGGAGGGGAGGGCAAGGUGCGUUCUGUGCCUAUAGAUACGUUGGAGAAGUUUUACGAUGUCACUCGGGUUGCUUGUGACGAGGCCAAGAACGAGCGACUGUCGACAAAGUGCAACCUCAAACUCGCCAAGCUCUGGUUAGAUCGUAAAGAAUACACCCGCCUGACUCCUAUCCUCAACUCUCUGAAAGCCACUUGCACACCUUCCGACGUGUCUUCUUCCGACGACCAAUCCAAGGGCUCUUUAUUACUGGAGAUCUACGCUAUCGAGAUUCAAAUGUACAGCGACUUGAAGGAGAACAAGAAGCUCAAGGCCAUCUACCAUGCCGCUUCCCAAGUCAAGAAUGCCAUCCCCCAUCCUCGUAUCUUGGGUGUCAUCAAGGAGUGUGGUGGCAAGAUGUGGAUGAAUGAACGGGAGUUUGGUCGAGCCUCGGAAGACCUUUUCGAAUCGUUCAAGCAGUACGACGAAUCUGGAUCAGCGCAGAGAAUACAGGUGCUCAAGUACCUUGUGCUCAACACCAUGUUGAACGCGAGCGAUAUCAAUCCCUUCGACUCGCAAGAGAUCAAGCCUUACCGAAACGAUCCCCAGAUCAUGGCGUUGACCAAUCUGGUCGACGCUUUCAACAAGCGAGACGUCUUGGCAGCCGAAAAGAUCCUCAAGACCAACGCUGCUACCAUCACCUCUGACCCCUUCAUUGCCUCAUUCAUCGCCGACCUUCUUUCCACCCUCCGCACAGUGUACAUCAUCGACAUUUCCAAACCCUACACCCGACUUGAGCUCGACUAUCUCGCAGAACAGCUCCAGAUUUCUCGAGGGGAGGUGGAGAACUUGGUUAUGGGUGCGAUUUUGGAUGGCAAGAUCAAGGGCAAGAUUGAUCAGGUUCAAGGAGUUCUGGUGCUCGACAAAUUUGGUGCGGCACAAAGGGCGAGAUACUUGGCUGUCCGGGAAACGGCAGUCAAGGUCAGGCAGCUCGCGGGCAAGGUCGAGAUCGACAAGCUGGGGCCGAAAGAUGGUGGAGCGAGGCAGUGGACAGGGCAGAUGGCACCCGGGAUACCUGCGUUUUAG